AUGUCUCAAUACGAUGUGGAGCACAACGUUCCCAGAGAGCAACAUGACACCUCGCAACCCCGCCGUCGCCCAGAUCUCUCCACAUUCUUCAGCACCUUAGACUUCGUCGACACGUCUGGCUCCCGACAACCGCAGAAUGCGAACUCCGUGCCCUUGCCUCGCGAUAUCGCGGCGGCGUUUCGCAAUCUUGCAAAUGCGUUCGGGAUGAUGCUUGUAGGUGGCGAAACGGCCCAGGAUGCUGGCCGCAACGAGCUUCUCUCGAACCUGGUUGAGAGCCUCAUGCACUCUGCCGAGCAUCCGCCGUCAGAAGUGCAAGGCGUGAGCGACGAGUUCAUCGAACAGUUGGAUCGGGUGCCAAAGAAGAAACUCAAGGCCGAGAUGAGCUGUCCCAUUUGUUCCAAUCCGUUUCUGGAAGACACGCAUCCACUCGUCGUUCAACUACCGUGCCACAAGGACCAUCUUUUCGACCUUGAGUGCAUCCAGCCAUGGCUCAAGCUAAAUCCCACCUGCCCACUUGACCGGCAAGUACUGAUCAAGAAAAAACCUCCACCUCCUCCGAAGGAUGACGAGGAUGGCGAGUAUGAUGACAUGUAUGCAUGA